CAUCGGUUUGUCAAACGAAUGGUUAUAUAGAAUUUUGGUUCUUUUGAUUAUAUAGUUGAAUAAGACCGUUUCAAGCUUUAAUGUUAUUCAGUUGAGUGUUGAGUGUUGGGUGAACUUGCAGUGUAGAAUCUAAGAAUCGCAAAUUUUCGAACGAAACGUAUCAAGCCUGUUGUUUUACCAAGGAUGAGACUGUAAAAGUCAGUAGUGCUACUGCCGAUUGAUAAUGUCUGUUCACUACAAGUUUAAAUCCGCUUUGGAAUAUGAUACAAUCACCUUUGAUGGUCUUCACAUAUCGGUCAAAGAUUUGAAAAAUGCUAUUAUCCAACAGAAGAGAAUUGGAAAGUCAACAGAUUUUGAUUUACAAGUCACAAAUGCCCAAACCAAAGAAGUUUACACGGAUGAGAAUGUUCUUAUCCCGAAAAAUACAUCACUAUUGAUUGCAAGGAUUCCUAAUGCAACUCAGUCAAAACCCAAGCAAUGGGAAGGUUAUGGAGGUGAUUCUUCACCUACUCUCAAAUCUGAUGAUGGUGGUCCAAUUGCCAAAGCAACAGAUUUAUCCAGCUUGGAUGCACCCGAAGAUGAUAAAAUUAAAGCAAUGAUGUCUCAGUCAACUCAGGAUUAUGAUCCUAGCAAUUAUCAAAAAAUCCGUGGAUCGAACCAGAUGGGAGCUGUUCCUCCAACAUACAGAUGUUAUAAAUGCCACCAAACUGGCCACUGGAUAAAGGAUUGCACCUUUGGACAAGGAGCUGAUGCUGUUGAAAUCAAGAAGAGCACAGGAAUACCCCAAAGCUUCAUGGUGCCUGUCGAAGGCCCCCAGGUGCCUGGUGCCAUGAUGACGCCGAACGGUUCGUUUGCCGUGCCUGUCUUAGAUCAUCAGGCGUACAACUUCAAGCCAGUUCCUGCUCCAAUCGUGCAAGAGCUCAAACCUGACAUUCCUGAAGACUUGGUUUGUUCUAUCUGCACCGAUCUUCUAGCUGAUGCUGUUAUGAUACCUUGCUGCGGCAAUUCGUUUUGUGAUGAGUGUAUCAGAUUUUUCUUACUGGAAUCCGAAGAUCACGAGUGCCCUGAUUGUCACGAGAAGGAUAUAUCGCCUGGGACCCUCAUCCCAAACAGAUUUCUGCGAAAAUCUGUUGCAAAUUUCAAAAAUACGACAGGUUACAUAAAGAAACCUAUCUUUCGACCACCGCCAAAAGAAGUACCAAUUCCGAAAAAGGAGGCUGUCGAAGAUCACAAAACCGAAAUGGAAAAAAACGAAAAGACUGUUAUCAGCGAGGCAGAUUCAACGGAACCAGUGAAAAAUAAACCGGUAGAAAAGAAGGAGGAAAAACCUGGGAAGACGGAGCUCGAGCCACAAAAGGAUGGCCCUCCUGGUGUUUCUCCAGUAGAGUCACCUGUUGGCUCUCAAAUCAAAAGAUUAGACGGAACCAGCAGGGACGUUAAUGGGAAUGGCAAGAAACGCAGCGAUUAUUCCCCAAAACAGAAAACAUCUCAUGGUUCGGGCUCCCAAUAUGAAAGAGAGCGGAAUAGUGAAGAUAGAGCAGGCACUCCUACAAUAGAUGAACCCGGUGUUAGUUCCAAUAAUUAUCAAUACAACAGUGAAAAUCCCCAAACGUCAAUUAGUAACAUAAUGCCUAUUACUGGUGUCCAGGGUCCACCUCCAAACGUUCCACUCACAUAUCCCCCUGGUCAGCAGCCAAUCAGCACCUACCCACCCACAACGGGACCUCCACCUAAUUUCGGGCUACCUCCGCCCAAUAAUGUCCCAUACAUGCCACCAGGGCCAUACGCCAAUCCCCCCAGACCGAUAUUCGAUCCUUCUAGGCCUCCUAUGACAGGACCGCCUCCCUUCAAUCCGCCAUUUCAGUCGAGGCCCCCACACCAUAGAGAUUACGAUAGAGGGAUGAGGAACAGAACACCCCCAGGUAUAAUCGAUGACACUCUGGCAGCUUUCAACAGAAUACUCAGAGAAAAAGACGAACGGGAAAGGAGAGCUAAGCAAAGAUUACAGAGGCGAACAUACAGUAGAAGUAGAAGCAGGAGCAGAAGCUACAGCCCAAGAUCUCCAAGGAGAAUGAGAAGUCGCUCACCACGAAGACGCAGCAGAUCGCGAUCUUUCUCCCUUAGCAGGUCUAGAUCUCGAUCGUACUCCGUCAGCAUAAGGGGUUCACCGCCCCCUUACAGGGAGAGGGAUAGGGACUAUUCGCCGAGGCAUUCGCCUAGACGCGGACCACCUCCCGCUAGGUACAGGUCUCCGGUUAGGUCGCCUCCAAGACGAUACAAAGAUUCACAUCCGCCAGAAAGAAGGGAGCGCGAUGAUUAUGAGAGGGAGUAUCGCAGAGAUGAUCGAGAUUAUACUAGAGAUCACCCGCCAAGGCGAGAAAGGGAGCACGACAGGACCGACAGGGAAUACCGAGGCACUUUUGACAGUUUCGAAGAUAGAUAUCGCGCGCCUAAAGGUCAGUGGAAUACUCAUUCCAUGGGCAUGAGGGCGCCACCGGAAGCCUAUUACAACCCACCACCGCCAGAGAUCGUUCAGAGCGCCUUCCAGCAACCACCAAACAGGUAUAAUCCAAGGGACUAUCCUCCACCAUACAUGGGUAAGCCAGAUGCGAUGAUACCAAUUCAUCCCAUACCACCCAGAAAAUAUGAUGACGUGGCCCCGCCAGGUGUUGAAGAGCCCCCUGUACCAGGAUUAGAAAAUUCACCCAGAACGGAAGAUAAGUUCAGUAAAGUGGAACCACCUGCUGAUGUCAAGGAGGAAAAGAGAACAAGAAGCUAUAAGGACUCAGAUAAAUCGCAUAGAAGCGACAGAGAGAAAGACAGGGAAAGGGAAAAGCACAGGAGUGACCGAGACAGAGAUACAAAGAGAGACAGCAGAAAAGAAAGAGAUAGUGAUCGUAAAAAGAGAUCUAACAGAAGUACAACUCCGCAGAAAAAAAGAAGUCACUCACGCGAGAGAGAUACGCCCGAAAAGAGACGAAGGAAAUAUGAUGGUUCUUCCGAUAGAGAAAAGUCUGAUAAGGAAAAGAAAAGAGAUUAUUCUGAUGAAGAUAAGUCGAGAAAAUCUAAAGACAAAAAGAAGAAGAGGGAGAAGGAGAAGAAAGAAAAAGAUAAGAAAAAACGUGAUAAGAAAGAAAAGCAUAAAGAGAAGGAUAAAGAUAAAAAAGUUAAAGAAGAAAUUAAGGAUAAGGAACAAAGUACCGAAGGGCAGAAAAGUGAACCUUGUCCUACCGAAGAAAUUCCAGCAAAGAGAUUCAAAAGCGAUUCGCCGAAGAUGUCUCCUGAAAAAGCUGAUAAUCAAUCUAAGCCUGGUCUUUAUGAUGAUGUGAUCGAAGAUAAUAUUGAACAAGAAAUUAAAGAAAACUUCGAGGAGAAACCAACAUCGAAUACACCGGAACAUCAUUCCAAUUACACUAGUCAGAAGGAAGAAACUAACGAAAUUGAGGAAGGCGAAUUGGAGAGGUCGAGGGAAUACGAAGAUUCUGAAAAGGAUAUUUUGGAGCUUCAUUCCAACGAUAUAGAUUUGAAGACGGAACUGGAGAGCAGGAACGAAAUGCUUGCUCCCCUCCCUGAGAAGUCCAAAUGGGAGGAUGACGAUGAUAAUAUGGGCGAAUUGAGUCCGAGCGAGUUGAAAGGAGAUUCCAAAAAUUCUAAAUCUGGUACAGUUAGCAGCGAGGUGUUGAAAAGGGCAGAAAACGCUAUAUUCGCCAAAGCUAUAAACGCUAUAAGGCCGAUUGAAAUAAAGAAGAUCAGCGCAGAUAGAGCAAAGUUCUAUUCUGGAGAAAGGAAUGAGGACGAGGUGAAACCAGUGACAGUACAAAGCGUUGCUAUCGAGAAGAAAACUGAGAAGAAAGUCGAAUCCAGUAACCCCCCUAAGCUCUCUGUGAAAGACAGACUGGGAAUAAAAGUUAAUGAACCCGAUCCUGUCUUGAGAGUAAACAGUGUUUCUCCGUUCAGUAGGAGGCUUGCUGAAAGAAACUACGGAUACGGAGAAAGGAAAGGGGAAGAAGACAGAAAAAGGGAUGACCGACACAAAAGAGAGGUUAGGAGUAGAGACCGCAGGGAUAGAGAUGACAAAGAUAGCAGACGUGACAGAGGAGACUCUCAUAGACAUAAGGAAGUUCACAGAAGGGACGAUAAAAGGAAUCGAUCAAGAAGUAAAACGAAAACGAAAGAAGCAGAAAAAACUGACAAGAAAAGAAGGUCAAGGUCGCGAAGUGAAAGUGAAGAUCGUAAAGACAAAAAGAGGAAGAAGGAAAAGAAACAGAGAGAAAAGAGUAGGAAGAAGGAUGAUAAAGAAGAGAAGGGAAAAGAGGAGAAGCAAGAAGUACCCAAAACCGCCACUGAAAAGCGGAAACCAACUCUUGACGAAGCUACCUUUGAACCUGAUUAUGACUUGGAAAGUGAAGCUGAGGAUAAAAAAGGUGAUUCCUCCAGUUCUGAUUCCGACUCGAGCUCCAGUUCAGAAGAGGAAAGGCGGAGAAAGAGGCGGAAGAAGCAUAGGAAAAAGAAAUAUAGAAAAGAUUCCAGUUCUAGCAGUUCUGAUUCAGAUAGUGAUUCAAGUGAAGAAGAACGUGAAAGGAAAAGGAAGAAACAUAAAAAGAAUAAGAAGAAGAGAAAGAAGUCAAAAAAUAAGUAAUAUGAUUAGUGAGUUGAAUAUGCUUUCAAUUUAUUCAUAUGUGUUCUAAAUGUAUAGGUUAUGAUUUAUUUUGUAAAUAAGAAAGAAGGAAUUUGGUGUUGCUUAUGUAGAAUAUACUUUCUGUAUGCUUAAAAGCCUGAAUAAAUAUUUAAAAGUU